AUGGCGAGUUACAACACUUGCCACGAAGUCGGCCCUCUCUGUCCCGUAGAAUUGACCACUUACGGGUAUUAUCCCAACUUCGGCGGCAAUGUCUUCUUCACAGUCUUCUUUGGUGUCCUCGGCAUCUGCCAGGCUGGGUUGGGAGUCUACUAUAAAACAUGGACAUUCUUGAUUGCGCUACUGAUUGGAACAUUGAUGGAAAUGGCUGGAUACAUUGGUCGCGUCCUCAUGAAUGAUAACCCAUGGUCCUCACCUGCUUUCAAGCUCCAGAUCGUGUGUCUGGUGCUUGCGCCAACCUUCGUCGCAGCAGGUGUCUACCUGACAUUGAAGCACAUCAUUUUGACCCUCGGCCCUCAACACUCGAUCUUGAAGCCCCGCCUUUUCACCUGGAUCUUCAUUGGAUGCGACGUUGGAUCUCUCCUUUUGCAGGCUGCAGGCGGUGGUGUCGCAGCAGCAGCUGACAAGGACGACAUGGAUAUGCUCAAGGCUGGAAACAACAUCAUCAUCGCUGGUAUCGCCUUCCAGGUCGGCACAAUGGCUGUGUGUGGAUUUUUCGCUGCUGCCUUUUUCUGGAGAGUCUACCGGAGCGGCGAUGGAUUUUCGGGGGAGAAGAAUCUUGACACUGAUGUUUCGCCUGUCGUCUCCAGAAGGAUGCCAUUCGUUGUGGCCGCCGGGGUCUUUGCCUAUACGACCGUAUUGAUUCGAUGCAUCUAUCGUAUUCCAGAGAUGGCUGGCGGAUGGGGAAACCCACUGAUGCAAGAGGAGAACGAGUUCCUUAUCUUGGACGGAGCGAUGAUUGCUCUGGCCUGUCUGACUUUCACCGUUUUCCACCCUGGAAUCUUCCUGCCUUCUUUGCGCUUUACGCCCAAAACUCGUGUCUAA